UUACUGACAACAGCUGUAACGUGAGCGCAGACAAACUACAAAUCUAACUACAGAUCAACAGCUUUUUCUGUUUCACUUAGUCAGGAUUCUACAUCAAAUUAUACAGAUAAUAAUAUCAAUUGUUUAUUGCUCCAGUUAAGUUUGUUACUAUGGAAAAAUAAACACUAAAGCAGUUGACUUAAAUGAAGCCGACAACAAUAUGUGUAUGUGUAUUUAAUUCAAUAUAGGCCUGUAAGAUUAAUCACAAUCAAAUUGAAAUCUCAAAGGCAGCAUAUGUUUUCCUUAGGCUAAGAUAAUUUCCUCUACAAACAGCAAAAUCUCCUGUUAACCCUGCACUUCAGAACUACUACUGUACUAAAUGAAAUUCUGACAUUAGUUUGUCUUUUCAUAUCAUUAUUAUCAUUAUUUUUGUCAAAUCUUCAACACAUGUUUAAAAUGUGGUCUUUGAACAGAAUCUAUUUAUUAAAAGAAACAGCUUGUCAGAAUAAUGACAAUUACAUAUAUUUUCCCCACAUCGUUUAAGCCUAACUCAGAAUGAAGAACACUUUGUGCUGGACUCUUGCAGGUGUUCUUCAACUGGUGGAACAUAACACUGAGACCUGAAGACAGAAAUCCUGGACAAAUGAGGAGAUCCCACCAGGACCUGUUAGGAGACGCCGGACUCCAGAGUGAAAUCGCUCGUGUGUUUGGACAGGAUGUGCUAAAUAAAACCAUCUCCCUGUGCCAAGGAAAUUUUAAUGACCUGGAGCGCCUGCCUGACGCUCUGCUCCAGCACAUCCAGAGCUUUCUGGAGCCGAAGGACGUGGGGCAGCUCCUACGCGUUUCUCGACGCUUCUGGGAGCUGUCCCAGUCGGAGGGGUACUGGGAGAAGGCGGUGAGGCAGCGGUAUAGCACUGUGCCAGACGAGGUGGUGACUCUGGCUAGCAGCAUCGGCUGGAAACUCAUUUUCAUCUCCGGAGCAGAUGUCCAUUAAUUCUCUUAGUCCAGUUCUGUUGUUAAAGUUUGUCUUGUUAGAAUUAGGGGUGUGCAAAAAUAUCGGAAUAUCGAUAUAUCGUAUCAUUUAAUGUGAUGAUACAGUAUCGAUAUCAUGGGCUACUGUAUCGAUAUUUGACCAAGAGUAUUUUUAGGUGUGUUUCUCUAAAUUGAUUUUGUUACAGUGCUACAGUUUUGUUGCUUGUGGAGUGAAAGGAAGCUCAUUUAUGCGACACAUUUGACAUUUUUACAGUUUUGAGGAUUAAAAUGUAAAAAUCAUAUGAACUUUGCACAAGAAGUGAUUUAACAAAGCCUUUUAGUAUCACAGCCACGAUUUAGCCUUUAUUUUUUAUUGAACCGUAUCGAAUCAAUUUGAAAUAUAUCAUAUCGAAUCGAAAGUGCACUGUAUCGAGAUAUGUAUCGUAUCGUGGCCUGUGUAUCGAGGUAUGUAUCGUAUCGGCAACUCCUUAAUGAUACCCAGCCCUAGUUAGAAUGUAAUAAAUGAU